UACUCACACACCGAGAAAAGUGUAUGUGAAAGAGAGAGAGAGUUAGAGAAGGAGGGAGAGACGACAGAUAGUGUGUGAGUGAGAGAACGAACGUUACCAGUGGAAGAGAGAGAGAGAGAGACGACUAACCAUAGCCCCAAGUAGCAUCAGAAGACUCCUUGAGCUCAGGCGCUCUGCUGCAACAACUAACGGCAAAAACGGAUUAUUCUUAUUUUUAAACAUUUUUAUUUUCCUUUUUUUCUCUUCAUCUGGCUCGUGAACAACACUUUAGUUUACAAGCUUGUGAGAGAUUUAAGAAGGUAUAAGAAGCUUUUUUUUUUUUUGUUUCGGAAUAGAGAGUUUUUCUUUCCAUUUCUUGAAACUUUUAAAAGAAAAGCCCCAGUUUAUUUUCAGAAAACUUUCCGAGACUCGCUCACUGUUUCCACGUGCGCUCUGAGAGCGGGACAAAUGCUUGUCAAACUGACUUUUUUAUCCAUUAUUUUUUUAUUUUCUUAUUUAGGGCAAUUGACCUCCAAAUCAAACCAAAAUGAGAUUUCAAACGUUAAUUCAUCAGUUUCCACUCUCGUUUAAUAAUCUCCUUCAUUCAAGUCAUUGAAGGUUACGUUUUGAGAAGUUCUUUAGGACUUUUUUUUAAUGCUUUUUUUUACACACUGAUUGAUAGGCAACAUUUGGAACUGUGAGAGAGGGGGAGAUAGGGUAGCGCAUCACCUGUAGAGCUACCCACAGGCCUACCCACUCCAUUCAAACUGAAUUGGAUCUAUUUCAACAACAUUUGCUCUAUUUCAAUAUUUUUUAUAGUUAUAUUUCAUAAUCAAUCAAUUAUAAUCAAUCAAGUCCCUUUAUCGAUAACCAUCGAUACAUUGAUUGAUCAUCAUCAGAGUAUUUCCAAAUCCCAUCCCUAUAACCCAACUUCCCCCAACCACACCGUGGUGAGAUCAGUGAUUUCCAACCACUCCACCACCACCACCACCACCGUCAUCCAGACACCGAACCUUCCUCGCCAUGCUAUUCGAUAACUUUGACCUGGUUUCGGCCUUGGCUACCCUAGCAGCCUGCGUGGUGUCCAUGGCCCUCCUCCUGGUCGUGUCCCAGCAGCUCUGGCAGCUUCGCUGGACGUCGACGCGGGACAAGAGCUGCAAGCUGCCGAUGCCUAAAGGCUCCAUGGGGUUCCCCAUCAUAGGAGAAACCUGCCACUGGCUCUUCCAGGGUUCGGCAUUCCACGCAUCGCGGAGGCAGAAGUACGGCAACGUCUUUAAGACCCACCUGUUGGGACGCCCCCUGAUCCGGGUCACCGGUGCGGAGAACGUCCGGAAGGUUCUAAUGGGAGAGCAUACGUUGGUCAGCGUGGACUGGCCUCAGAGCACCUCAACCCUACUAGGACCCAACUCACUGGCUAACUCCAUAGGAGAUAUACACCGUAAGAGGAGAAAGGUCUUUUCCAAGGUGUUCAGUCAUGAGGCGUUACAGUCCUACCUCCCUAAGAUCCAGCAGGUGAUCCAGGAGUCAUUGAGGGUGUGGAGCUCCAACCCAGAACCCAUUAACGUCUACAGGGAGUCCCAGAGGCUGUCUUUCCACAUGGCAGUAAGGGUCCUGUUGGGGUUCAGGGUCGCAGACGAGGAGAUGAGACACCUGUUCACCACCUUCCAGGAGUUUAUAGACAACAUAUUCACUCUACCGUUAGACCUGCCUUCCAGUGGAUACAGGAAGGGUAUCCGUGCCAGGGACACACUCCAGAAGGGGAUAGAAAAAGCCAUCAGGGAGAAACCCCUCUCUUCCCAGGGGAAGGAUUAUAGAGACGCACUUGAUAUCCUACUGGAGAGCGCUAAAGAGAACGGCACCGAACUCACCAUGCAGGAACUCAAGGAGGCGACCAUUGAGCUGAUCUUCGCUGCGUUUGCCACCACCGCCAGCGCCUCCACCUCUCUCAUCAUGCAGCUCCUACGCCACCCUGCCGUCUUAGAGAAGUUACGAGAGGAGCUCCGGGCCAGGGGGAUCCUCCAUAACGGCUGUCUGUGUGAGCGGGAACUGGACCUGGAUACCAUCGUUAGUCUGAAGUAUCUGGACUGUGUGAUCAAGGAGGUGCUGAGGCUCUUCACGCCCGUGUCUGGGGGCUAUAGGACGGCCCUGCAGACCUUCGAACUAGAUGGGGUCCAGAUCCCGAAGGGUUGGAGUGUGAUGUACAGCAUCAGAGACACCCACGACACCUCCUCCGUCUUCAAGGACGUGGACGCCUUCGACCCCGACCGCUUCUCCCAGGAACGCAGCGAGGACAAGGAGGGACGCUUCCACUACCUCCCGUUCGGUGGCGGCAUCCGCUCCUGCCUCGGGAAACAGCUCGCCACUCUCUUCCUCCGUAUACUGGCCAUCGAGCUGGCCAGCACCAGCCGGUUUGAGCUGGCGACCCGGAAUUUUCCCAGAGUGGUGACGGUGCCGGUGGUUCAUCCGGUGGACGGGUUGAAGGUGAAGUUCUAUGGUCUGGAUUCUAACCAGAAUGAGAUUUCAUCCGAUCUCCUAGCCGACAUCAAGACGGAAGAGCUGCUGGGAGCCGCGGUGUAGAUGGUAGAUUUGGAUUGGACGAAGCAAGGGGAAGUAGGAAGGAAGGGGGAGUGAUUUUGUUUCCUUUUUUUCAUUCUGCUGAUGUCUUGGAAUGCUGGAGGUCUCCUUUGAACUCUAAAAAGGAACCUUCAGAAUUCCGAUUCCUUAUCUUUGUCGUAUUGUUGUCAGUCUCAGAACUUUCUGAGAGAGAAAGAAGCACAGAAGCUGCCAAAAAAGUUUAUAAUCUCUAUUCCUUUUGUUUUCCAAGAAAUAUACAAAACUAUGUAUAAAUAAAAUGAAAAGUAAUGUAAUAUAAUGAAUGAAUGAAAAAUAGAGAAAGUAACAUUAGGAGAAGUUAUGCACAAUUAGGAAACAGAUUCGUAGAGGAGUGUAUUUGGAUAGUGUUUUGAAGGGAGAAAGAGAGAGAGAGAGAGAGAGAGAGAGAGAGAGAGAGAGAGAGAGAGAGAGAGAGAGAGA